AUGGUAACUUCAAUGGCUCGAGGUCUCACCAUUGUAGUAUUCUUGCUAGUGUUUGUUGCAGCGACGAUAUCAUCUACCUAUGCGGUGAAACUCCAGGCGGACAAUGCCCCUAAUGUGGCUGAGGGGCCCGCCGACACUUCUUCUGAGGCUGAGGGGCCCGAUGGCCCUGCUUUUGUCGAGAUGGUUAUUAAGAACCCCUACCCAGCUUCCAGCCUUAACUCACGCUCUGAUGGCCUCCCGGUUGACCCAACACCAGAUGGGCUCCCUGUUGAUCCCACGCCAGACGGCCAAUUUAAAUAA